AUGCAUUUCCAGUGUUUGUGCACCGGCGUUGCCACGCGAAGGGUUUACCUUCUCGUGUUUAUGUCAAUACUUGCGUUGGAAUCGGGUGCUAACUGUUGUGCGAGACUAACUGCCACCCCCCCCCCCCCAAAGAAAAGUACAUAUAUUUGCGCUUUCGUUGCUCCUUCAUUCAAGUCAUCCGGUCAAAGGACAACCCAUAAGUUCACUGCUGUAGAAUUAGUUCCUGCCGCACACAUGUUGUCGCGCACCUUUUUUGCAGCUCAGAGGAAGAUACCGUUCUAUCCUGUCAAUCCAAGCAACCCACUUGUGUAUUUUGAUAUUUCCAUUGGCUCCCAGAAGGCUGGAAGGGUAGAAAUGGAGCUCUUCAAGGAUGUGGUACCGAAAACGGCGGAGAAUUUCCGUGCAUUAUGUACAGGUGAAAAGGGCCUGGGACGAUCUGGCAAGGCAUUGUCGUACAAGGGAAGCAAGUUCCAUCGCGUCAUCCCUCAGUUCAUGUGUCAGGGAGGAGACUUCACGAGCGGUAACGGUACGGGUGGAGAGUCAAUAUACGGAUUGAAAUUUCCCGAUGAGUCCUUCGCGGGCCGCGCUGGGAAGCACUUUGGUCCCGGGACGCUCUCCAUGGCAAAUGCAGGCCGCAACACAAAUGGAUCGCAAUUCUUCAUCUGCACAGCUGCAACUCCCUGGUUGGAUGGGAAACAUGUUGUUUUUGGACAAGUAACGAAGGGAUACGAAGUCAUUGAGAAGGUUGAAACCAACGGCAGCCAGUCAGGUGCCACACGUCAGCCCAUCACCAUCAUGGAUUGUGGCCAAAUUGAACAGGGAUAA